ACCUAAUAACAUCAUUAGUACCAUCAACCACAAGCACUUCAUCUUUUACAAACUUCCUUCUCAUCUGAUCUUCUGUCUAUCGGAUCGAUUCGCUGCUAUGUUGAUGAAAGCAAACUGGUUCAAUCUGCCGGUAACAGCCCUGGCAAUAUUCUUCGUAAUCACCACCGUUGCAUACUCCACCAACGGCUUGGAAUCAAGGGAGCUCGAUGGGAACGCAGCACCACCAAGUGACGAUCAAGGCAUCAAGUGUACCCCAUCAUGUACACAAAGUCCUCCACCGCCUUCCCCACCUCCACCGUCUCCACCACCUCCGGCAUGUCCUCCACCGCCGUCACCACUGGUGUUUUAUCCUCCACCAUCACCACCUGUGCAGUAUCCGCCACCGUCACCGAAAAAGCCACCGUCACCGAAAAAGCCGCCGUCCAGUUGCUGUCCGGCUGGACCUACUCCACCCUAUGUAUACACAACUGGUCCACCAGGGGAGCUGUACCCUAUCCAGCAAAAUUUUGGUGGUGCGAGCAGGAAUUUGGAAGUGGGGUUAUUGGCUCUGGUUUCUGGAUUCAUACUGGCAUUUUGUACGGGGGUAUACUGAUUUGGAUUCGGAUGGCUCCUCGGAUCUUGUGCAAUAAUUUGGAUACAGUAAGUAUAAUUUAUUAUUUUCUUUUAGGACAAGAAUUUUUUUUUCGGAAAGAAAGUUAUUAGGAACUUACUAGUUCCUAUACUUGCUGUAUCUAUUG